AUUACUUCAAGUUUAGACCUCGAAAAAGGAAAAAUCACUAGGAAUUUCAAUUGCAAUUGUAGAAUCAUAUAAAUUACAAUGGUAGAAGAAACAACACAGACAAAUAGGUCGCGAUCUAAAAUGGCCAAACCCAAACCUGUUUAUCUAUGGACGGUAAUAGAUGUUCUAAAAUGGUUUCGCCGUGUAAAUAGUGAAUAUCUUCAUUAUCUAGAACUAUUUUCAAAGAAUGAAAUUACCGGACGAGCUUUGCUACGAAUCAACGAUUCAUCUCUGCAAAGAAUGGGAGUCACCAACAAUCGAGACCGCGAAGCCAUUUGGCGUGAAAUUGUCAAACAAAAACUCAAGACUGAUAUAAUGGAAAUAAGGGACAUGGAACGAAUUGUAAAUCAACAUUCGAAUAUGGCCAAAAUAACGCACAAGGCUACAGCGGCAGCCCAUCGGAAGUAACGAAAUCCCAUGCAGAGGCUUUGUGGAACAACGAAGUGUAUUCAACGAGUGAACGAAGUAUAGACAAAAAAAAAACGCAGAAUAAAAUCACAACACCAAGUGAGCGGUUGUAACAAGUGAUGUAAAUUAAGAUACAUUUUAAGCUAGCAAUUAAAUAUACCAACAAGUACAUUCAUAUAUUUAUUAUACAUACCACAUAAUAAAGAUUGAUCAUAGGCUUUUUUAAAAUAAAUAUCUCAAAAUACAUAUAUACUCAAGAUUAA